UCUUAGACUUCAAACUUCUGAAAUUCGUGAAGUUCGUUCUAUCUUCAACCCUCGACAACCAGGAACCGCAGCCCAGCAGCCAUGGCCCCGCGAUCCUACUCCAAGACCUACAAGGUCCCUCGUAGACCUUUCGAGUCGGCUCGUCUUGACUCGGAAUUGAAGAUCGUCGGCGAGUACGGUCUGCGCAACAAGCGUGAGGUCUGGCGCGUCCAGCUGACCUUGUCCAAGAUCCGUCGUGCUGCUCGUGAGCUGCUCACUCUUGACGACAAGGACCCCAAGCGUCUCUUCGAGGGUAACGCCUUGAUUCGCCGUCUCGUCCGUGUCGGUGUCCUCGAUGAGUCUCGCAUGAAGCUCGAUUACGUCCUGGCCCUUAAGGUCGAGGACUUCUUGGAGCGCCGUCUGCAGACCUGCGUCUACAAGCUUGGUCUCGCCAAGUCUAUCCACCACGCCCGUGUCCUGAUCAAGCAGCGCCACAUCCGUGUCGGCAAGCAGAUCGUCAACGUUCCUUCUUACAUGGUCCGCCUCGACUCCCAGAAGCACAUUGACUUCGCUCUCACCUCUCCCUUCGGUGGUGGCCGCCCUGGCCGUGUUCGCCGCAAGAAGGCCCGUGCCGCUGAGGGUGCUGGUGACGAGGAGGGUGAAGAGGACGAGGAGUAGAUCAAUAAAAGUUAGGAAGUCUACGGACAAUUUCUCUUUUUCGGAUGGGAUUUCAGGGCCAUCGCUGCAUAGCGUUACAUGGUGUAUGAUUACGAAGUCAAUACCAAUCCAAGCUAUCAAGCUGGCUUCCUUUCUGAGCAGAUCUGCUGCAGGAU